UGCCUUAUGCGGCAUAUUGUUCGCCCGUAACCCGUCUUGUGGGAGAUAAGGUUUUCCAAUGGCUUUCGAAAGGUCCCGAGCGGAAGGAAAUCUGCUCGAGCACGCUAGCAUGUUCCCACUUCCCAAAUUUUUUCGGUGGGCCAUAACUACCCAGAAGAUCGAUAUUCCGUCAAGAUCAGAAUUACUCUGCAUCGAGAACUGCAGUGCAUGCCACAGUCUGCCGAAAUGUUCCAAGAUUGCGAAGAGUUCGAAUGAGCAUCAGUUCCCGAGUCCCUUCAGAGUUGUUGAGGUUCAUUGUAAUGUGUUUCGUGUCAGAGACGAAAACAAUCGUCUCCCCUGUGGCUCAUUGAUACCUUAUUAAGCUAGUGAAACCGUGCCCUGCGACAAGAUGCACCCCAAAUUUCAAGCUUAGCGGGAUGAACUACGAUGCACAGUCUUCUCAUAUUGAGGGCCUUUCCCACUAUCCACUGCUAGUGCCUUGUAUAGUGGUUCGGCAUCAACAAAUUGUACUAUUAACUUAGACUCAACUUACUCUUGUCAACAAAGAUUAUCCUGAUUCUCAAUCUCUCGAGCUUUUUCUUCCUAUAUCGAUCUGCAUUCUAGACAAUGGAGAAGAUGUAAGUUUGACAACAUAUGGUGAAGAGAAAUUGCUAUAUGUAAAACCUAUCCCGGUUCAUGAACGUUGUUCAUCAACGAUAUCCGAAGUCAGAAUGAGAGUCUUUGCUUGGUUAUCCUUACUGUGCGCUGUGCUGCCAGUCAACGUCUUUGCCGCAUCAUUGUCAACAGCUGACGUUGUUGAAGCUCUUCCUUCAUGUGCUCUCACUUGUCUUACCAUAGCUCUUGCGAAUUCCACGUGCUCCCCUACCGAUCAACAAUGCAUUUGUACAAAUGUUCCUCUAAAUGCAGAGAUUAACAUUUGUGUAAUGGAGAGAUGCACUAUUAAAGAAGCACUUAGUACAAAAAAUGUUACGUCCGUCGCCUGCAAUGCGCCAGUCAGGGAUAAAAGGGAUUUGUACAACUGGAUAUCCAACUCAUUCGUCGUUGCUUCUUGGAUAGCAUUCCUUCUGAGAAUUGCUUCAAGAUUCACCUCUGAUACUCAACUCUGGUGGGAUGAUUAUGUUGCGACUUUUGUUAUGAUUGUUGGUAUACCACAAGCUGUUAUCAAUGUUCGAGGCCUUACCGGCAACGGACUGGGGAAAGACAUCUGGACAUUAAAUUUCACUAGCAUCAGUGACAUGAUUCGUUGGUUCUACGCAGCCGAAAUCCUUUAUUUUGCCCAAGUCAACUUCAUCAAAAUCUCGAUCCUUUUCUUCUUCCUUCGUCUCUUCCCCGAACGCAAAAUACGUUGGACAAUUUGGGGCACGAUUAUCGCGAACCUUCUGAUGUUCAUAAUAAUCGACUUAUUAGCCGCCUUACAAUGCCGCCCAAUCAGUUUUUACUGGAAAAGAUGGGAUGGUGAACAUGCUGGGCAGUGUCUAAAUAUCAAUGCGCUGGCAUUUUCAAGUGCAGGUAUCAGUAUUGUGAUGGAUAUCUGGAUGUUGAUACUUCCCUUGACACAACUCUACGAUCUCAAUUUGCAUUGGAAAAAGAAGAUUGGUGUGGCUGCUAUGUUGAGUAUUGGUAUUAUUGUGACAGUCGUCAGCAUUCUUCGUCUAAAAUCCCUCAUCGUCUUUGCGAAUACACAAAAUCCCACAUGGGACUACGUCCACCUCGGCUACUGGUGCACCAUCGAGAUCUGCACCGGCAUCAUCUGUUCCAGCAUGCCCGCCAUCCGCCUCCUCCUCGUGCGCCUCUUCCCCCGCAUCGCAGGCACCACGCACAAUUCCUCCAACCACUCCAAAUCGCUCGGCUACGAUCCCAGCCGUCGCCGCUCCAGCGUUCCCAAACUCGCGUCGCAAAACUCCUACAUUAAUACACGACGCGGCUCGUACGCAACUAAUCAGGGCAUCACAAUGAUGAAAACAUUCGACGUGACGUCGAGCCACAGAGGCAUGGGCUUCGACAAGGAAAUCGAAGAGGAAGACGGUACGGAGCUGGUCAGUAGACAGGCAUCCCGGAGUGAACCCGAAACGGGAGAUGUGGAGCGCGGGUUAGAAAAUACGCACAAUUUUGCGAGUAGAGAGGAUGGAGAACAUUUGAGGCCGCCGCGGGAGCAAAAUUCGCGAUCGAGUAGCGCGAGGAGUGUAGAUGAGGAUGUGUUGAUGAGUCCGAGGAGCCCGGGGUGGGUUUGAUGUAUACAUAUUUAUGUACUUUUUUGUGUUUUUUAAUGAUGAUAUGAAUGAAUGAAUGUGUAAAUUUUAAAUUUAUGAGUGGGGAUUGUGCGGUGUUUUGAGGAGUGUUGAAAUGGACAU